CCAUGGAGCGGAAAGUGCUCGCGCUCCAGGCCCGGAAGAAGAGGACCAAGGCCAAGAAGGACAAAGCCCAGAGGAAACCCGAAACUCAGCACAGAGGCUCUGCUCCCCACUCUGAGAGUGAUCUACCAGAGCAAGAGGAAGAGAUUCUGGGAUCUGAUGACGAUGAGCAGGAAGAUCCCAAUGAUUAUUGUAAAGGAGGUUAUCAUCUUGUGAAAAUUGGAGAUCUGUUCAAUGGGAGAUAUCAUGUGAUCCGAAAGUUGGGCUGGGGACACUUUUCAACAGUGUGGUUAUCAUGGGACAUUCAGGGGAAGAAGUUUGUAGCCAUGAAAGUAGUUAAAAGUGCUGAACAUUAUACUGAGACAGCACUUGAUGAAAUCCGGUUGCUGAAAUCAGUUCGCAACUCAGACCCUAAUGAUCCAAAUAGAGAAAUGGUUGUUCAGCUACUAGAUGACUUUAAGAUAUCCGGAGUUAAUGGAACACACAUCUGCAUGGUAUUUGAAGUUUUAGGGCAUCAUUUGCUCAAGUGGAUCAUCAAGUCCAAUUAUCAAGGACUUCCAUUGCCUUGUGUCAAAAAAAUUAUUCAGCAGGUAUUGCAAGGUUUGGACUAUUUACAUACCAAGUGCCGUAUCAUACACACUGACAUUAAACCAGAAAACAUCCUACUGUCUGUGAAUGAGCAGUAUAUCCGGCGGCUCGCUGCAGAGGCCACAGAAUGGCAGCGAUCGGGAGCGCCUCCCCCAUCGGGAUCCGCAGUUAGUACUGCACCCCAGCCUAAACCAGCUGACAAAAUGUCAAAGAAUAAGAAGAAGAAAUUGAAGAAGAAGCAGAAACGCCAGGCAGAAUUACUAGAGAAGCGAAUGCAGGAAAUUGAGGAAAUGGAGAAAGAAUCUGGCCCUGGGCAAAAAAGACCAAACGAGCAAGAAGAAUCAGAGAGUCCUGUUGAAAGACCCUUGAAAGAGAACCCACCUAAUAAAAUGACCCAAGAAAAACUUGAAGAGUCACACCCUAUUGGCCAGGAUCUAGAGGGCGGUGCAGCAGAAAUUAAUUGCAAUGGAAUUAUUGAAGUCACUAAUUACACUGAGAACAAUAACAAAGGCACCGUGGUGCUUAAAGAGGAUCUCCAUAAUGCUAAUGACUGUGGUGUCCAAAAUUUGAAGCAGGAACCUAAUUUUUUUAACGCCCAGAAUGGAGAUUGCACAUCCCAAGAUGCCGGUGAUUGUACACCGGUAGCUUCUGAGCUGCCAGAGACCAUGUCCUGCCAGUCUCCAACAAACGUUAACCAAUCGUUCUGUGAUCAGGACAUUAGCCAACUUCAGCAAAGCAUUCGAUCUGAGAUGCCCUGUGAAGACGACCAGGAGCAGAAUGGAUCCUUGGAUAACAAAGGAAAAUCUACCGCUGGCAAUUUUCUUGUGAACCCCCUUGAGCCAAAAAACGCAGAAAAACUCAAAGUAAAGAUUGCUGAUCUUGGGAAUGCCUGUUGGGUGCACAAACACUUCACUGAAGACAUUCAGACCAGGCAGUACCGAUCCCUGGAGGUCCUGAUCGGAUCUGGCUAUAACACCCCUGCUGACAUUUGGAGCACUGCAUGCAUGGCCUUUGAACUAGCUACAGGAGACUAUCUGUUUGAACCUCACUCGGGAGAAGAGUACUCUCGGGACGAAGAUCACAUUGCAUUGAUCAUAGAACUUCUGGGGAAGGUGCCUCGCAAGCUCAUUGUGGCGGGAAAAUAUUCCAAGGAAUUUUUCACCAAAAAAGGUGACCUGAAACACAUCACGAAACUGAAGCCCUGGGGCCUCUUUGAGGUCCUGGUAGAGAAGUAUGAGUGGUCUCAGGAAGAGGCGGCCGGCUUCACGGAUUUCCUGCUGCCCAUGUUGGAGCUGAUCCCCGAGAAGAGGGCCACUGCUGCCGAAUGCCUCCGGCACCCUUGGCUCAACUCCUAAGCCGCAGACAUCGCUGAUGCCCUCCGCCUCCUGCCCUGCUUCCUCAGUCAGGGUGAAGCUCUUCUCAAGAGUUUCUAAAUGUUUCUUUUGUUUUCUUGUUUUCUUUUUUAAACCCAGCCUAUUCAUUGAGGGUGCUGACUUGACCCUGUGGGGGGUUUCUACCACAGCCAUGGGGCAUCCUAGGUGAAUCUGGCCUUGAUUGGGCUCCGCCAAAGACUAAUUUUCUAAAAUGUGAAACAGUCUCUCGCUUGCCCUGCACCCUGUCUUUUCCGUUAGGACAUCCUUUAAAUUAUGCGCCCGCAUCCUUUUUUUUUUUUUUUUUCCUCCUCUUUAAGAAGAGCUGUAAGGCUGUGUGAGUGAGCUCGUCCUUUUAUUCUGGACUCUACGAGUCAAGUUUUCUAGUGUGUCACCUAGUGCGAGCAGUAGGAUGAGAAGGGGAAAAAGAGUGUUACCUCUGUACGGCAGAAGCAUUAAACAAGCUCUCUCCAGGCUGCUUCACCUUCCUGGAUUGUUUCUGUUCUCUAUGUUCACAUUUUCUCCUGCGACUUGUAAGCAACUCUUUUUUUUUUUUUUUUAAAGAGCUGUAGAAACACCGGAUUUGGGUAGCAUUUUAUCACUGUUCAGAACACUGUCAAAUUUCUUCUAUCCCUUCCUAACUCUAAGACCCGUGAAAUCUUCAGUUGGAGUUUUUUGAUGGAAACACGAACAGAACCAUUGACCACAGUGAACUUCCCCAGAAUUGCAGUGGUUCUGCAGAAGAAAGUCCUUUUCCUGAGAGUCUCCUUUUACCCAAACAGCAGUUCUUUCGAUUGGCUGCUUUGGUCUCAUACAGCCCCGGCUGGCACUUUACUCACUACACUUGAGUUUAAUGCCCCGUGACCAACCGAAGACUUGGAGACGGCUGUAUGGAGGCAGUCUGGGCUGCAGGAAAUCUCCCGUCUGAGAAAGCACCAUGACAGUUUCUCUCCGUUCUUCUCCACAUAUUCCCCUUCUUGGGACCAGGGAGAGCAGUAGAGCACUUGACAUGUGAGGCCCUGGUUUGGACACUUCAGCCCCACAACAAAGUCUUGACUUUUUUUUUAUUCUUAACUUUUCUUUUUCCCUCAAACCUUGUCUUAAAGUCUGGCCUUGAAGCACUUUUCCUCUGUGGCUUUCUCGUUUUCUCAGAGGCUUCAGGCAGGUCUUAAAAUCCCAGGAUAAAAGAACCAAGGGAGGAGUGGGGUGGCUUAUUUCUUUUCUUUUUCUUUUUUUUUUUUUCUUUUUUCUUUUUUUAGGGUUUUUGUUGAGUGUGUUGAGUGUGUGUGUUUUGGGAUGGGGGGUGUUUUUGUUUUCUGUUUUGUUUUUUGUUGUUAGUUUUUAAGAUUAGCCAUUCUCUGCUGCUAUUUCCUUGUAUAAUGUAAAGUUUUAACUGCAAUUUUGAAAUGAUUGAGAUGUACUUGAGACUUUUUUUUUUUUAUGAGAAAGGCUUUGUGAAUUUUAUUUUGGGAUGUGCCUGUUUUCAAUUUACCCUAGACAUGACAUAUUUUUUCAAUCUUAUUAAAAGGCAAAAAAAAAAAAGAAAAAAAAACAGAGGGUGGGCAGGAUUGUGGGGCCACAGUUGCUCUUUCAGCACGGACCAAGUGGGCCUAGGGAAUUCCUGCGUCCUGCAGAAGCGGCUCCAGGACUGAUGUACAGAAAGCCACGGAGAGGCAACAGGAGGCGCUUGCUAGCAAAACUACCAGUGAGACUGUCGGGGAGCCCAUAGGAGAUUGGAAUCUGUAUUCUGUCCUUUACCCACCACCAGUGGCAAAGGAAAAACAUGGUGCCAAAAUGCAGCUCAUUAAACUUUUAACCAACCGUCCUCCCCUGAGCACCUCUGGUCAGCCAUUCCUCGGAUUCACGAUUAGGCGGUCCUGAAAUCAGACAUGUUCCCGUAGAAAGAAUUUUUAGGUGAGGCUGUCUAUGCACCUAUCAAGAAUAAAGACUAGAUUGUAUUAAAUGACCAACGGCAGGGAAAAAUCCUUCAGCAAUUCUAAUCCACUUUGGGUUCUCUCUCAAUACACGCCUAGAGCAAUAGCAGACCAGAACUGAAUUUCUUUUCUAUGCUAUUAAAAAAAAAAGUUGCAAUUGUGGAAUUCAAAGAAUUGUGAUUUUAAGGUGAAAUAACCAAAAUGCACAUACUACAUGCACGCGCGCACACACA